AUCAAUGGUUAGCCACAGCAUCAUUCUUCUUCUCAUAAAAGAAAGAGAACGUCUGGAGAAGAAUUCUGUAGUGUCUAAUGAGGGAGAAAGCAUUGGACACGUCAUCCUUAUCAUUGCUUAUUAUUAUUCUUCUUCUUUUUCCUCCUCUUUUUGAGAAGAAGAAUAUUUCUGUACAGACAUAGAAAUAUCUUUUGUGUCAGAUAGGGAUGAGUAGUAAUGAAUAAGGAAAUGAACUAACAACUGUACCGUUGGGAAUCCAGAAGAUAGAUUCUUAGAUAUUACAAUAGCUUUCAAAAAUAGCUUUCUAGAAACAUCGUCAAGUUAUUAUUGCAUACGAACAAAGUAAAUAGAUUUGUCAACGAAAGAAGAAAUAGGCCAUUGGAGUUGGGGUUGCUCUAGUUGGUUUGUGAUACUGUUCGAAUGGGAUUUGCUGCGUUUCAAAGGUCCUAUGAAAAAUAUACGGGAGGCGAUCCUUCCAGGAUGCAAGUAUCAGUAGAGAAACUAGACGAAGAACAGGUUCCACUUCAUAAAAGAGACUAUUGUGCGCAUCUGUAUAUUCCUUUGCGCCGUUGUUUGAGAGAACACUAUUUGUUGCCUUGGUCUUGUGAAGAGGAAAAGGAGGCCUAUGUUCGUUGUCAACGAAAAGAGCGAAGAAGGAGAGAGAGGCUAUAUGAGAAAAUGAAAGAAGAGGGUGCAAAAAGAUUGGCUACUGAAAACGAAGGAGAAGAAUAGUCUUUGAAUAACUCAAAUAGUAAAGAACUUGAUUUGAUU